AUGAGAGGAGGAAGAGGUCAGUGUCUGGCUCAGAAAGCCCAGGAGGGCACCUCACUCUUCACGGAGGACAAAAAGGAAACCAUCGACAGAAACUCCCUCCUCUUCUCGCCAAACCUGCCGCUGGGUCCCCACACUCAGACCUUCAUCCCUGCCUCGGUGAAGAACGUCUCUGCUCCUCUCAGGGGCCAGUCACCUUCAGCAGCCGGGGACAGGUCCAGCCCCUCUGCGAGGCUCCCUGCUUCUCACCCUAAGGGGUCCUCCACCCCGGCUGCACCAGACACCACCCAGGAGCUGGAGAAGUUAACUCCCCUGAAGAAAGACCUCAACCAGGAAGCCCUAUUUGGCCUUUUGAGCGAGCAGGAGACAAGAGAGAUGGAGAAUGUUUUCCACUGCAAGCUGUCUCGUGAGAGAAAAUGGGAAUUGCUGUGGCGGGCUGAAUUGGAAGUCCAGCGUGAGUGUUCCUCCCUGCAGCCAUACUCUCUGCAGUUGCUUCACUGUUUGUACGAGAUUCAAGACGAGGAGUUCCUGACACAAGCGAUGCCCCUUUUCCAAGAACGACGAUGUUGCGUCCAAACCGGCAUGGAGCUCCUCGGGUUCACUCUCUGCGCUAGAUUCUGCUGCCAGGUGAAGAGGCUUCAGCUGAUUGAGGGCAGACAGCAGGCACAAGCAUGGAGGCCCCCCGGUGCAGUGCUAUUGAGCUGGGUCCCGGUCACAGAUGCCUGCUGGCAGGUUCUCUUCUCUGUUCUCCAGGUCACUGGAAGCCUGAAGGAGCUGGACUUGGGUGGAAACUUCUGGAGCCACUCUGCUGUACAGAGUCUUUGUGAGGCCCUGAGAUGCCCUAGGUGCCACCUAGAGACCCUGUGGUUGGCCGGCUGCGACCUCACAGCUGAAGGCUGCAAGGACCUUGCCUCUGGGCUGAGCGCCAGCCAAACCCUAGUGGAGCUAGAAUUGAGCUUCAGCAUGCUCCUGGACACUGGAGCUGAGCACCUUUGCCAGGGCCUGAGACAGCCAGGCUGCAAGCUGUGGCGACUGUUGCUGGUCAGCUGCGGCCUCACGUCCGGCUGCUGCCAGGUCCUGGCCUCUGUGCUCGGGUCCAGCCCCAGCCUGACCGAGCUAGACCUGUAGCAGAACAACCUGGAUGACCUCGGCAUGAGGCUGCUCUGUGAAGGACUCAGACAGCCUACCUGCCAACUCACACUACUGUGGCUGGAUCAGACCCAGCUGAGCGAGGAGGUGACAGAGGUGCUGAGGGUCCUGAUAGAGAAGCCUCAGCUGCUCAUCUCCAGGAUAUGGAAGCCAAGUCUGACGAUCCCUGAUGAGGGCCCAGGUGGAGGAGGGACGAGUGAUAUGUCCUCAUUCAAGCGGCAGAGACAAGAAUCAGCCCCAGGGGGCCGGGGGGGGGCCAGGCAGGAGAAUCUAAAGCUGGCCACUGCCCUGUCUGUUCCAGAGGGAAGCUCCCCUCAAGUAGCACAGGUGGAACCCUUCUGUCUGUCGUCUCCUGCCCCUCUGGGGGACCGACACACAGAGUCUCUGGGGACCGAGGAUGACUUCUGGGGUCCCACAGGGCCUGUGGCUACCGACGUAGUUGACAAAGAGAGGAGCCUGUACCGAGUUCACUUCCCCGUGGCCGGCUUCUGCCACUGGCCCAACACUGGUCUCCGCUUUGUGGUGAGAGGGCCAGUGACCACUGAAAUUGAAUUCUGUGCCUGGGACCAGUUCCUGAACAGGACAUUCCCACAGCACAGCUGGAUGGUUGCAGGGCCUCUGUAUGACAUCAAGGCUGAGCCAGGAGCCGUGUACCUCCCUCACUUUGUGGCCCUCCAAGGGAACUACGUGGACAUCCCCCUGUUCCAAGUGGCCCACUUCAAAGAAGAGGGGAUGCUCUUGGAGAAGCCAGCCAGGGUGGCGCCAUAUUACACCGUCCUGGAAAACCCCAGCUUCUUGCCCAUGGGAGUUCUACUGAGGGUGGUCCACGCUGCUCUGCGCUUCAUUCCCAUCACUUCCACCGUGUGGCUCUACCAUCACCUCCAUCCUGAAGAAGUCACCUUCCGCCUCUACCUGAUCCCCAGUGACUGCUCCAUUCAGAAGGCCAUAGAUGAUGAAGAAAAGAAGUUCCACUUGGUGCGAAUACACAAGCCGCCCCCGCUGACCCUGCUCUCCAUGGGCUCCCGCUACGUUGUGUCUGGUUCGGAGAAGCUGGAAAUAAUGCCGGAGGAACUAGAGUUCUGCUAUCGGAGCCCCAGAGAAUCCCAGCUGUUCUCUGAGUUCUGCGUUGGCCAUUUGAGGUCAAGGAUCAGGUUGCAAAUGAGAAACAAGAAAGAUGGGACUGUGGUAUGGGAAGCCUUGGUGAAACCAGGUAAAGUCAAGUCCAGGGAGCACAAAGGUAGGAGAGAGAAAGUCAAUCAAAGUGUUGCCAUGGAAACGGGGCAGGUUGCACACACACUCCUGAGGCGCCAGCCCUGGAGCGUCCUGGAGAUUGAACCUGGACAGCCAGCCUCUGCAACAGGCGGGGGCGCUGAAGCGGGAGCCAGGAGCAAGAGGCGCCUCGACUGA